GAUUGUAUUUACACGUUAUCGAGUUCACAUUCUAUAUCCGCGAGAAGCAGACAUUAUUACUAGACAUUUUAAAUAAGUGUCUCCAUUUGACACGAAAUCAAACAAAAAUAUAGUUACUAUUUAAAAAGUGACUCAUUCGUCUACGUACAAUAAUGAAUAUAUAAAAUAAAGUCCUCGUUUUUAGCGAGAGAAUAAAGAAUUAAACUAAUAAAAGUUUUUUUUUGUUAACAUAUAUGUCCAUAUAAAUAUGAGAAAUGUUUGCAAAUGUUACAUAAUUGUUAGCUAGCUGGGGUUCUUUGACAAAAAUAAUAUUACUAUACACUACUACUAUUAAUAAUAACGUAUAAAUAUAAAGGGGGAGAGCGAGAUAGAGAAAUAGAGCGCAAGAUAGAAAGAGAGAGAGAUAGAAGAUGGGGAAUGUAGAGGAGUACAAGCCGGUGAUUGCCAUGUUGGGGCUGCAACUGUGUUAUGCAGGAGUGAUUCUUACCUCUGAAGCUACUUUGGUUAAUGGAACAAGCCCUCGUGUUUUUAUCUUAUAUAGGCAAGCCUUUGCAACCAUUUUCAUCUUCCCAUUUAUCCUCUUCACAAGGUAUUUAAAAUCAUAUCCCUCUCUCUCUAAAUAUUCAUGAAUUUGUGACUAGUUCUUGCUAAUUCCUUUUUGUGUGUGUGUGUGUGUGUGUGUUUUGGAUUGUAGGGGAAGAUCGAAGUUAUCAAAUUUGGAUCUAAGAAGCUUUUUUUUAAUAUUCAUGGCCUCGCUUGUAGGCAUUACCCUGUAUCAAAAUCUGUAUUUUGAAGGUAUCUACUUAGCUUCAUCGUCGAUGGGAAGUGCCAUGGGUAACAUUAUCCCUGCAUUUACCUUCCUAAUCUCAUUUCUCGCCGGAUACGAAAAGGUGAAUUUCCGGAAUAUCAGAGGCUUAGCGAAAAUAUUAGGGACGGUCAUAUGUGUAGUAGGAGCCGUAUCCAUGACUCUGAUUCGUGGACCAAAGAUUCUCAACUCGGAAUUUUCUUUACCGAUAGCGAAAUCGUUACUAGGAGAUAUUAAGGACCAGAACUUAUGGCUGUUUGGUUGUUUGUUGGUGUUCGUUAGCACUCUUUGCUGGUCUUUUUCGCUCAUAAUUCAGGUUCCAAUAUCUGCCUAUUACCCAGACCACCUCUCUUUAUCAGCGUGGAUGUGUUUAUUCAGCACGAUACAAUGUGCAAUCGUCACUUUCUUCCUCGAGAAAGACCCAAACGCUUGGAUUCUCCAUUCUUACUCCGAGUUAGCGACGUGUCUCUACGCUGGAGUUGUAACGUCAGCGCUUUCUACUACGGUCCAAGCUUGGGUUAUAUCUAAAAGAGGCCCUUUGUUCUCAGCAAUGUUUAAUCCUCUCUGUACAGUCAUUGUCACAAUCUUGGCUUCUAUGUUCCUUCAAGAAGAGAUGUUUACCGGAGGGUUAAUCGGAGGAUUAUUUGUGAUCAUGGGACUUUACAUGGUGCUCUGGGGUAAAGCAAAAGAUGUUGAUGUCAUGAUAAUUCAAGAACAGAUAGACAAUAAUAAGAACUCAGAAGUGAAGAUUCAAAUCGAAGAUUCCUCGGACACUGAAAAGUGUAACAAUGAUCUUAAGAAACCCCUUCUGUCCUAACACAAAUUAUCAGAAGAAAUCCAAACACAGCAACAGUUAAAGAAUUCAAGAUCUCUUUCUUCUUGUGUUUCUUAAAUUUUGAAAUAUAUUUGUUGUAAUAAAUGUAAAUUGUGUUAUGAAUAAAUAAUCUAAGUCUAGCUUCAAUAAUAACAAACUUUAAUGUCAUGUACUUACAAAAAUGUGAUCCAUCUCGUCCUAACGAUAAGCAUUGGACUAACUCGU